AUGCACCGCAUUCAGUCGGCCAAAGAGCAGCAGGAGCGAUGGAAUGAUGAAGUCGACUAUAUGACCACCAAGCUACGCCGUGGAGCGGGCAUGGAAUCCAUGUGGCGUGAACGCCACGAUGCCUGGCUCCAGGAGAUGAAAGACACGUUUGGAGACAUGGUGCUGGAUGCCUUUGUCCAAGCGGAUCGUUUCAUCAACAAAGAUCAAUGGUCACAGCGAUUGCAGCAGAUCUUGCGAGAAACCUUCGAGCAGAUGAAGGAGGAACUUCCAACCGCAGAGGUGGACGUGAGUCAUCACAUUGAUGUACCGGAGAAGGACGAAGAAGAAGGAUUGACCUCGGUGCGGCUGGGAGAAGCUCACAUGGCCAAGCUUUUGCAGAAGCAGAACACCCUUCCCCAAAACCUGGAGGAGGAGGAGGAGGCAGCUCCAACACAGGCGGGCCUCACCCUGGAGGACCUCCCAGAGGUUUCUCAGGCGUUGUCCUCCCGCGGCUUCUCCACGCCGGCCCGACGACCACCGGGAAUUCCGACCGCGAGCGCCACGCAGAGUCGGCAAAAAUCUGCGGUGGUCUUCCAGCCUGACGAUGUCAUAGAUGUACCCGAGCCCGUGGAAAGUCACCGGGAGCAUGAGCUACCCAGUUGGCUGACGGCAGGCCGUACGCGGACAAAGACCAGAGAGCUGGUGGGAUCGAAAGUGGAGGCCGAGGAUGUGGAAAGCGAGGUGUCUGCGGAGAUCAAGGUCUUCAACUUGGCUCGCAGGAGGAGUGUGCAGCCCUGGCUGGAGCCGGUGGAUUGGAUUGAAGAUGCAUCAUAUCGAGCUGCCUUGAAAACUCUUCAGAAGCAGUUCCAUAAAGGCAAGACCCGAGAAGAAGAGAUGUGGGGCUACAGCCCGCCAGUGGACGGCGCGAGGCGACAUCUUCGGAGGAAGCUCACCGAACGGACUUCGAAGGCCUUGAGCAAAUCGGCCGAAAGAUGCUUAAGCAGGAGGUUGAAGAACUUCCAGCUUGAGGAGCUGGAGGACGCUUCUGAGCGAGUGCAUCGCACAGCCUGGAGUCCCACAGCCAUUGCCCUGCAGUGCAGCCUCCGUCGCAGCCGGAGGCGCUCACAGGCCAGAGCUCGGGGUUUGGAUUGCGUGCUGACCCACGAUGGCGUGCGCUUCCGAGGUCUUCCCCGACGAUACUUGGAGGAGGACGUCUCCGAGUACACUGAGGCCACCGAAACAGAGGCCGCAGGUGGCGAGUCGAGCACCUGGCUGGCGGACGCCACCGUGCGGCGCUUGCGCCGCUUCCGGCGGAAGUUGCUGAAACGCUUUUGCGGCCCUGAGGAGGCCUACAACAACACAGUGGUCAGCCCGAUAAGCCUCUUGGGCUAUGAGCAGUUCUGUGAUAUGGCCGAGCAGAUUAGCUUCGAUCAGACCAACACAAGGAUGGUGUGGCAAAAGAUGCUGCAACUCUUGGGGAAGGAGGAGUGUGAGGAGCUGGAACUGCACAAGGGCGAAUUCUCGCAUGCCAUGAGUUUCGCAUGCGACAUACGCGAUCUCAACACCUUGAGAAUCCAUUUGCAACUGCGCUAUGGGUCUUUGGCGGCAGCCUUCGACCAGAUGGAGAAGAGGCAUUUGGAUGAGGACUCCUGGGCUGAGCUUUUGGCUUCUGUCGGCGCUUCACACGAAGAGGCCAAGGUCUUCUUUGCGUCGAUGCUGGCCAAUGGCAAACGCCAGACCCCCAAGAUCAGCCGCCGGACCUUCCUACUGGUGCUUCAGAAUGCUGAGGGUUUUGCAGCCGGCAAAAGCUUGAUGAGCUCUUUGAAGCUGAGCAACGAAGCCACUGCCUGGCGGGCGCUCAUGGAGCACGCUCGCAGGAUGGCCAAACACAAGGGCAUGCGACUGGAUGCUCAUUCAAUCACCGCCACAGAGCUGCAGCUGCUGUUGUCGCCCUUGUCCAGUGACGUCCAUUGCGAAGCGUUGAUCCGCAUGGCGCUCUCCAAGCGACCAGAGCACAGAGGUCCAGUGCGCCUUCGUUUGGAGGAGGUCUUAUUGGCUGCAGUGAGUGGCCUUGGACGACGUGCCGCGGAGCUCAUCAAGGAGUUGGGCCGAGAUUACGAGGGCGAGGACAGCAUCAAUCCCUGGCCAACCCGGAGCGGAGCUCGGGCCGUUCCGGCACCAGCCAGCCUGGCGAAGCGCUUGCGGAGCUCCAUGGCUGUCUCAGUGGCGGAAGCCGCCCGGAAGCUCCAAGCAGGAGACGCUCAUGAUGGUGUGAGCACCUUGAUGGGCAUUGUCGGUAAGAGACCUCCCAGCCACACGCGCAGUGUGGCCAGCGCCAGCAGCGAUACAGAGGAUGUGCCAUCAAUCUCCUCACGCGCCACGACCCGGAAGUCCUCACCGCAAAGGUCCAGGCCACGCUCGGCGCGAGAGGAGCUCUUGGAAUGA